AUGGCUGCCAGAAACUCGAAAGAAAAUCCUUUGGGUUCACCUUUAGUGCAUAUAAAAAUGUGUGAAAUCCAUGAAAAGACUAUUGAUAUGAUAUAUGAGGACUGUGAUGAAUUCAUUUGUGUUGGAUGUGCCUUGACAGAUGAUAGAGAGCACGAUCCGAAAACUCUAGCAACGGCAGCAACCCAAAGGAAGAGAGAUCUACCUAAAUUUAUGAAGAAAAUCAAGGAAGAAAAUCUGUCUGUGAUUGCUGAGAAGAUAGACAAGAUUUUACAACAAAUCACAGAAAAUAAACAACUGUGUGACUCUGAGAUUAAAAAGCUACAGAAGCAUUAUGAUGAGAUAAUAGCCAGGCUGACAGAAAUCAGAAAACGUCAUGAACAAACAGUAAGAGACGAUUUAGUUAAAAAGAAUGAUCAACUGAACCAUGUGAAAUCUGAGUUAGACAAGAAGAAGAGAGGAAUUAUUGACAUGGUGGAAUUCAUGGAGGAGAACAACAGCACCAUGUCGGAUUACAGCUUGAUUGACAACUAUAGAGAACUGACAAGAAUGCUGUCUGAAUUAGAAGUUCAUACAACAAACUGUGAACAUUCAGUGAAGUUCACAAGAGGGGAUAUUAAUAAUAACUUACUUGAAUCUUUGGUUGGAAGAACUGUGGAUUUAAAUGAUAUUGCUGGGUCACAGUCUGUCCGUUCAUCUGUCCAUCUGAGAUCUCUUGUCCAGAGCAUAUCUUCUCUCUCCUUCACUGAUGAUAUUAACAAGACCAUCAGCUGUCUGUCACCAUCAAGAUCUGUUUCUACAGUCAUCAGUACAGAUCCACUGGAACCAAACGGAAUCUGUCAGUCAAUGGACGGUGGACUACUGGUCACCUUGAGAGACAUGGAAUCAAGGGAUUACAUAUUAGAUUCACAGAGCUGA